AGUUUGCUUGUUGCCGAAGUGUGUGAGCGGUACGCUUCUCUGCAUCUGAAUAGUCAUCGUAUUUUCCCCUGCAAUUCAGACUGCUUGUGGGCGAGUAUCACAGUAUAUAAAGAGUGACUGGCAAACUGGAGGCGCUACUUUGCGUGGAGGAAGAUUUUGUUUCCCAUACAAAACAUUUUUUUAAUAACAAUCACAGACAGGCGGAUGUGGAUACAGACGUAAGCAAGCUAACUAUAGAAUAUCUCUGAGAAAAGGAUGUGACCUGCUGAGAAUAAGACUGUCCUUAGCGUAUUUCCAGAGCUAAGCCACAGCUGAGACCGCGUUAGCUUAUCUACAGGUGAUUAUAAUUGCAUUCGGUGUUUUGAAGAUUAGCCACGGUUUGGGCUGCAUGCAUUUGCAUUUCUUCUUCGCAUAUCAUAAAAAAGAAGACUGAGGUAAACCCGAUAUGGCUGUUUUCCUGCUUUGCCUACUCUUUCAGGUACAAAUAGGAUUUGUUAUUGGAUCAAAUCAUGGAUUUGAUGGGCGGGCUGUGCACCACAGGGAAAAGACUAUUAAAGGAAAGCAACCUAUUUAUAACAGUCAUAUGAACAACCCACAGUAUACGUCUUAUUUGAUGAAAUCCACCACUGAUCGCUCUUUCUUAGCACAGAAAAUAGAGGGAGAUCUACCCAUGGUCGCAACGGCUUUUCUUCAUACGGGGGAUUCUUCUAAAUUGAAAAAUGUCAACUGUUCCAAGGGAUACGAACUGGGGAGUCUACGGGGCAUGUCACACACUGCAUCCCAUUCCUCUCUGCAUAGUGCGCUGGAUACGGUGCUGCAUGCCACCAACUUCCUCAACAUGAUCCUGCAAGCAAACAGGUACAGGGAGAAAAACCUCCGAGGGGACAUCGAAUGGUACCACGCGUUAGUUAGGAGCAUUUUGGAAGGGGACCCCAAAAUUCAGAAGGCCGUGGUCACCUUCAACGAGGAACCCGUGUCGUCAGGUCCACAUGUGUUACUGCAAGCCACCAGAACGGACAGCGAAAUAGUACUCCAAGACUUGUCCUCCACGGCCCACCGCUUGAGAAACAAGACGCUGGAAACAGAGUGGUUCAAUGAGUUCAAAUCCAGGAGGAAGCCUCACCUGCACAGGAGGGUGUUGAUCCACGACAUCGCGUCGCUGGACGCUUCACUGAGAAGAGGAGACAGUUACGUGGUUGAUAAAACUCACAUCAAGUGGUCUGCACCUUACCUUGAGUGUCAAAAUGGAAAUUUUAUCCCCCACUGGCUUCUUACUCUAUCGGCUGGAUUCUAUGGACUUAGACCAAACCUCAUCCCCGAAUUCAGGGGUGUGGUUAGGGUGGACAUUAACCUCCAAGAUGUGGACAUUGACCAGUGCUCCAGUGAUGGAUGGUUUGCAGGAACUCAUAGGUGCCACUUGAACAGCACAGAGUGCAAACCAAUUAAAGGACUUGGAUUUGUUCUUGAUGCGUACCAAUGCAUCUGCAGACAUGGAUUCUACCAUCCCAGCCGGCUCUCAGUCAAUGGCUAUACAAAGAAAGCAAAAGAAAAUCCAGUUUCUGGGAGCCCAUAUGAAGAGGAGUUGUCUGAUGGAGUGCACGAGUGUCUGCCCUGCAGAGCAGGAUGUUCUUACUGCACAGACGAGAGCCCCUGCUAUGCCCAGGAGGAUGGGUACUUACGGAUAUCUAUCCUUUCCUUCCAUGCAGUCUGCAUGCUGAUGGAUUUCAUCAGCAUGCUGGUUGUCUAUCAUUUUCGGCGAAACAAGAGUAUCCGAGCUUCGGGUUUGGUUCUUCUGGAAACCAUUCUGUUCGGAGGCUUGCUUCUUUACUUUCCUGUUAUUAUUCUAUACUUUCCGCCGAGCAUAUUCCGAUGUAUUCUUCUGAGAUGGGUUCGUCUUCUCGGCUUUGCUAUUGUUUAUGGAACAGUGACUCUCAAGCUCUUCAGAGUUCUAAAGGUGUUCCUGUCCCGAACAGCGCAGAGAAUUCCUUACAUGACGAGCUGGCGAGUGCUCAGAAUGCUGGCAGUGAUUCUGCUCAUUGUGUGCUGGUUUCUGAUUUCCUGGACCUCUGCUGUCUGUCAGAACAUGGAUAGGAAUGUGUCCUUCAUUGUUGAUGGAAGAACUUCAGACAACCUGCAGUUUAAAAGGUGUCUGCUGGACCGUUGGGACUACAUGAUGGCCAUUGCUGAAUUUCUUUUCCUCUUGUGGGGAGUUUAUCUCUGCUAUGCCGUACGGACAGUGCCAUCAGCAUUUCAUGAGCCACGUUACAUGGCCGUUGCUGUCCAUAAUGAACUCAUUAUCUCUGCAAUAUUCCAUAUCAUUAGGUUCACUGUAGCCUCUACACUUCAUCCAGACUGGAUGCUUAUGCUCUUCUUUGCUCACACACACUUGACAGUGACUGCUUCCUUGGGGUUGCUGCUAUUACCUAAGUUCCUGCUAGCAAGGAGUAACCAGAGAGACGACACUGCUGCUGAAGCCUAUGAGGAUGACCUUGAUUUAGGCAGGUCGGGGUCCUAUCUGAACAGCAGCAUUGCUUCAGCCUGGAGUGACCACAGCCUGGAUCCAGAUGACAUCCGGGAAGAACUGAAGAAACUUUAUUCUCAGCUUGAAAUCUAUAAGAGGAAGAAGAUGGUCGCCAACAAUCCACACUUGCAGAAGAAAAGAAGUUCUAAGAAGGGGCUUGGCCGCACCAUAAUGAGGCGCAUUACUGAGAUUCCAGAGACUGUAAGCAGACAGUGCAGCCGGGAAGACAAGGAAUUGGGGGAUCAUACUAGUGCCAGAAACAGCAUCAGCACUUUGAGGAGAAACCCCUUUGACCCUGCGCACUCCAGCACAAAAACCAAAGAGGAGUCUUUGAAAAGCAAAGUCUUCUCCAUCAAGAAGUCACACAGCAGCUAUGAUCACGUAAGGAACCAGAGCGAGGACUCCAGCAGCCCCACCACUGAGAAGAUGGAAGUUUCUACCACUGAGAGCUCCCUCUUAGAUACCUUAAUGGGCAAGGGGAAACAGGAGAAAAAGUCCACAGAGAAUAUUGAGGCUGAAUCCACAGAGUCUCUUCCAUUAGUUUGCAAAUCUGCCAGUGCACACAAUUUGACAGCAGAUAAGAAACCUUUGCACCCCAGAACAUCCAUGUUGCAGAAAUCCCUCAGUGUUAUUGCCAGUGCCAAGGAGAGAACCCUGGGGCUCACAGGAAAAGCCCCAAGCCUUGAGGAAAACAGCAGACAGCAGAAGGGGAGAGAGUCCAACAAGCCUCACUCUGAGAAGAGCGACCACCAGCAGAAAAAUGUCGCCAGCCAUGCGGAAGAGGCUAAAAAGUCCAAUAAACAAGGAAUAAUGAAGCCCCAGGGGAGUAGCAGUCAGACUUCUCUCAGCCCUGACCCAGGGAAGACAGGACCCAAAGAUCAGUUUGAUGUGGCUGAGGUUUGCCCAUGGGAGGUUCAGGACCUUCCUCCCACUCCACCAGAAAAUAAGGCCCAGAAGCACGUAUCUAUCGCUCCGAUGGAAUCCAUAUCAGCCCAUGGGUCCCACGCAAAGGGUAAAUCACAGAACAAGCAGAAAGCUACGGAGAAUUUGUCUUCACAAAUUAAACAAGAAACUCAGAAGAACCUUGACAAGUCAGAAAUAUGCCCUUGGGACAUUGAGGAGCCCCAAGAUUUGAUAGAGGGGUCUAAACCACUGGCAAACCACCAGUCUGUACCAGCCCUUUCUAAAGGCGAGCACUCUAGUAAAGCUCAGAAGGCUGAGAUUUGUCCCUGGGAGUUUGAAGAGAUGGUAGCCCGCGGAGUUGAAGCUAGACAACCAGAGCCAGACAAGAUCAAGCAAGGAGGGCAGAAAAAGAAUGCAUUCCCAGUUGAUGUUCAAGGCAAGCAACUUCUGUCGAAUGCCUCACAAUCUAACAGCAGCUCACAGCUGCCUACACCCAAAAAGGCAGAAGUCUGCCCGUGGGAUUAUGACACUGAGUUGUCACCUAAUUCUGACACAACUGCUGCCCCCACUGCCUCUUUGAAAACAAAAGACACAACUCAGAAGAAGAAAGGACUGUUCUCAAUUUCAAAAGAUAAGGAAAGGGGACGAGACAGGGAUGAUGAAAAGGGUAAAGCCAAGAGCAGAGAGAAGGCUGUGUUUACAAAAGGUACACAGAAACCUGUCGGCCAAUCAAAACUCGCAGAAAUGUGUCCCUGGGAAACUGAAAGCAGCCUGGAUACUUCAACACAGGAAAGAAAAAGCACAUUGAAUGAACUGAGUGCAGCCAAGAACAAACAAGCAGAUAUUUGCCCCUGGGAAUUCGAGGGCUUUCCUGAUACUAAAGAACUUGACAAAAAUACUUGCAGAGAAAAACUCAAUCCAAAUUCCAAAGGGGGAGCAGCUGGUCAAACCAGAUUGGCUGAGGUUUGUCCAUGGGACUUUGAUGACCAAACAACUGGCAAUAAUGCAUGACACGUCACAUGUUUUCAAUUCAGCAUAUUCAUUGCUCAUGGAGCUUUAUUUUUCACAUGAUGAACCUCAUAAACCCCAAAAGACAAAGAGAAGUAACAGGAAUGAACAGAAGGGAGGUUUUACCUAGGUUGCCUUUUUCCUCCAAAUAUCAUUAGUUUUUUUCUUCCUUUUAACAAACUGUCACGUCUGAUAUAAAGCAUUCCAGAUUGAUAGUGAGUAUUUUCUGAAUUUUUGCUGAUGUAUGGCAAUAUUCUAAUAUUUCAAAUUAUGCAACUGUACGGCACUUUUACUGCAACAUAAAAUACCAGUUUUAACUGUACGGUACUUUCAGCUUCAUUCACAUUUAAUACGUGUACACAUGGCCACUGAUGUCACAAGUUGUUUUACAUUGCUGUUUUAUUUGUUGUGGUUUAUAUGGUGGAUCUUCUGUUCUGUCUAGUGUUUACAGAUCCCAGUAUAUAUCCUUCAAAAUUAUAGUUUAAUAAUGAAUAUUAUUCAGGGUUUUUUAUAUAGUGAAUUUAUAUGCUUUGAUUUUCCCACCAGAGGUAUGCAUACCCUUGGUUUAUAUUGCAUUCAGUGGUCCUACCAAGAAUCCAUUUAUCUUAAAGCACGGUCCUGGUCCUGGAGGGCUGGUGUCCCUCCUGGUUUUUGUUCCAAAUGUACCGUAAAUUACGUAAUUGGACCAAUUAAGUUCUUAUUAGAAGCUUAAUUGGUCCAAUUAAGUAAUUUAAGGUACAGUUGGAACAAAAACCAGGAGGGACAUCGGCCCUCCAGGACCAGGAUUGGAGACCCGUCUUAAAGUGUAAAUUACUUACCGUAAUGAUUUGUUUAUAUAUGUUUUAGGUUAGUAAAGCUAAUUCAAUCAGUUAUGUCUGUGUGUUUGUAUUAUAAGACAAGCAAAUAUUACAUUUCUUUAAAACUAUUAAGGCUUAAGCAUAGUAUAUUGAUGUAGGCGUGUCUUAGUUAGAGGAUUUAUAUUAUCCAAAGUGCUAGAAAUAUAAUCAAACAGAACUUUAAGCUUCUUAUUUUUUUACAAAAGAAUACCAUGCAACUCGGUGGAAUCAUGGUCAACAGUGUGUGGACGGCCUGUUAUAAAAAGUAGCUCAAUCAGAUAUAACCCUUGUGGAUAAUGGACAUUCUAUUGGACUUCAAUGUCAUGUCUAAGUCUUUAGUCGUAUUUAUUGCUGUACAGUACAUGAAAAGGAUUUCACUUCCGGGUUACAAGUUCAGUACCAGUCAAGACUCGAAUGCAAGCUGGAGUCCUGUGUGAAACUGCAUUCUCCAGUUCUGAAUAGACAUGUGUACACACCACUAAAAACUCUAUCACAAUCAGUAAUAAAUAAUUAUUUUGUUCAAAUUUGCUCAAAGGGAAAGCAUUGUAUAAGCAUGGAGAAUGAACUACCAUUCAGCCCACACAUCAUUGUUUUAAACCAGGCUUUUCCCAUUGUAAUACUGUACUAUGCAUCACCAUACUUAAAUAUGUUUUCUUUGUAGUUCCCAGGGAUUUCCCAUGCUUAACCAUGCUUUCACUUUGCUUUGAAUAUAGUAUCAUACUUUUACCAGUUAUCUGCAUUAAAAUGUGUAUAAAUGGAGGUUGAGGUACAUUGGUGGGGCUGUGUGGGAAACUUGGCUAGAAUAUACUACACCUGCUUGCAGUACUUCAGUGUCCAGUGUUGACAAUCUGUCACCUUUAUAAAUCAGUUAUGCUUGUUAUGUCUUUUAUCUGUGUAAUAAACAGAAUGCUUUGUUUAAUGAUUACUCCUUCAAAUGUCCUAUUUAACCAUGUGCUGUGUCAGAGCCAUUCAAUGCCAGAUUUGUCUGGGUAUAAUUUUUUAAAAAUAAAUCAGUCGGGUUUGAAAAAGUCCAGUUGGUAGAAAUUUUACUCAGCUAAUUUAGUAAUAAUAACUUGUUCUAAUUGAAUGUGCUAAUUGUUCUAUUUUAGAGUAUUUUUGCCUUGCUCUUUUGCAUGAAAACAAGAAUUGGUAGGACUGACAUUUCACUGCCCUAAAUAACUUUAGCUAUUGGACGGUUAUGAAUUGUAUAGUGAGUGAAACUGUACCUUACCCACUGUAUUCUGUGCUUGUUAUAAUAAUCCUCUAUGACGAGCUAUAGCAUCCACCUGAAAAUAUUUGGUAAAUUUAUAUUGUGUUGUGAUAGCAUGUAAAUAAAAUAUCUUCUCUGCAAUAAACAUUUAUAUAA